AUGUCCGACAUCUCUGUUGACGCAUUCGGACAAGCCAUGGGAGACUUCAGUAAUCCUGAGAAACAUGGAUUUGAUUUAGGAGCAUAUGUCGGAGACUUGGCUUUUGAAGAGGAUUCAGGCAGUGAGGAUAUAUCUUUGGAAGGGCUUCAGCAAGAAUUAGAAGAAUGUGAAAGUGAUGAGGUUGUUGCCAAUAUACUAUCCAGUGGUGCAAAACUUAGAGAAUAUGCUAAAGGUGUAGAAAACAAUCUAAGGAAGGUCGAGUUGGAUUCGAUUCAGGAUUACAUAAAAGAAAGUGAUAACCUAGUCUCACUUCACGAUCAGAUUCGUGACUGUGACGGCAUCUUGUCACAAAUGGAAACUCUCCUCAGUGGAUUUCAGGUGGCUGAAUCAAAGCUAGCUAGAUUUGUCGAAGAUAUUAUAGUGCCACCAAAGAUGAUAGACGUAAUUGUUGAUGGAGAGGUGAAUGAAGAGUAUAUGAGAACGCUUGAAAUUCUGAGUAAGAAGCUGAAAUUUGUAGAAGCAGAUCCUGCGGUUAAAAGUUCCAAAGCAUUAAAAGAUGUAGAGCCUGAGCUCGACAAGCUCCGACAGAAAGCUAUUUCCAAGGUGUAUGAUUUUAUUGUGCAGAAGCUUAUAGCCCUGAGGAAACCCAAAACAAACAUCCAGAUUCUUCAACAGAGUGUGUUAUUAAAGUACAAGUAUAUUAUCUCAUUCCUCAAAGAACAUGGAAAAGAAGUGUUUAUGGAUGUUCGUGCUGCAUACAUUGAUACCAUGAACAAGGUGUUAAGUGCACAUUUCCGUGCUUAUAUUCAAGCACUUGAGAAACUACAGUUAGAUAUAGCCACAGCAUAUGACUUGAUUGGAGUGGAGACUAGAACCACGGGACUCUUCUCAAGAGCUAGGGAGCCACUAAAAAACCGUUCUGCCGUAUUUGCUUUGGGUGAGAGGAUAAAAAUUAUAAAGGAUAUUGAUCAACCUGCAUUGAUCCCGCACAUAGCUGAAGCCAGCUCUCUCAAAUAUCCCUAUGAAGUGCUCUUCAGGAGCUUGCACAAGCUCCUUAUGGAUACAGCUACUUCUGAGUAUAUAUUUUGCGAUGAUUUCUUUGGGGAAGAGUCCAUAUUUUAUGAAAUUUUUGCGGGUCCAUUUUCUGUCAUCGAUGAGCACUUCAAUCCCGUUCUUUCAAACUGUUUUGAUGCUAUCGGCCUGAUGCUUAUGAUUCGCAUUAUACACCACCACCAGCUUAUCAUGUCUCGCCGGAGAAUUCCAUGCCUGGAUUCAUAUUUGGAUAAGGUUAAUAUAUCUCUAUGGCCUCGUUUCAAGAUGGUGUUUGAUUCACACCUCAGCAGUCUGCGAGAUGCAAACGUAAAGACAUUAUGGGAAGAUGAUGUUCAUCCUCACUAUGUCAUGAGGCGUUAUGCUGAAUUCACGGCUUCAUUUAUUCACCUGAAUGUUGAGUAUGGAGAUGGGCAGCUUGAUAUAAAUUUGGAGCGUUUAAGAAUGGCUGUAGAUGCCUUGAUUCUCAAGCUUUCAAAGUUGUUCCCAAGGCCAAAGCAGCAGAUUGUGUUUCUCAUAAACAACUAUGAUAUGACAAUUGCUGUGCUGAAGGAAGCUGGACCAGAAGGUGGGAAAAUUCAAAUGCAUUUUGAGGAAUUGCUAAAGAGCAACACUUCGUUAUUUGUGGAAGAAUUGCUGGUGGAGCAUUUCAGUGACUUGAUCAAAUUUGUGAAAUCUCGAGCUUCUGAGGAUUCAAGCUUAAAUCCAGAGAGAUCCAUCACAGUUGCCGAAGUAGAGCCACUGGUGAAGGACUUUGGAAGCCGAUGGAAGACAGCGAUAGAAUUGAUGCACAAAGAUAUCAUAACUUCCUUCAGUAACUUCCUGUGCGGUAUGGAGAUCUUGAGAGCUGCAUUGACACAGCUGCUGCUCUAUUACACAAGACUCACGGACUGCAUCAAGAAGAUCCCUGGUGGAUCAGGUCUGAACAAGGAUCUUGUCUCCAUUCAGUCGAUCAUGUUCGAGAUCAGAAAAUACUCCAAGACUUUCUAA